CGGACCAGGAGACACUGGAGAGAACAAGGCCAGCGGUUCCGCGGCCCUGAGCUGAAGCGGUGGAGUGCGCCCCACCCGGCGGCCAGGCGGAGCCAAAGAUGCCAGCCUCUGCCGUGCGGCCCCGCCCGGGCCCCGGGCCGCCUUCCGGGUCGCAUUUCCCGCUGCUGCUGUUGGCGGUGCUGAGCGGUCAGGUGUCCAGCCGCGUCCCCCGCUCGGUGCCCAGGACCUCGCUUUCCAUCUCCGAGGCUGACUCCUAUCUCACCCGGUUCACUGUCCCUCGGACCUACAAUUACUCUGUUCUCCUUGUGGAUCCUGCUACCCAUACACUUUAUGUUGGCGCCCGGGACACCAUCUUUGCUUUAUCUCUGCCUCUCUCAGGGGAGAGACCCCGCAGGAUUGACUGGACAGUGCCUGAGGCCCACAGACAGAACUGUAGGAAGAAAGGCAAGAAGGAGGACGAAUGUCACAAUUUUGUCCAGAUUCUCGCCAUUGCCAAUGCCUCUCACCUCCUCACUUGUGGCACCUUCGCUUUUGAUCCGAAGUGCGGGGUUAUUGCUGUGUCCAGUUUCCAGCAGGUUGAAAGAAUUGAGAGUGGCCGGGGGAAAUGUCCUUUUGAGCCAGCUCAGCGGUCAGCAGCUGUAAUGGCUGGGGGGGUCCUCUAUGCCGCCACUGUGAAAAACUACCUGGGGACGGAGCCAAUUAUCUCCCGGGCUGUGGGUCGUGCUGAGGACUGGAUUCGGACAGAGACCUUGCCAUCCUGGCUUAACGCUCCAGCCUUUGUCGCAGCUGUGGCCUUGAGGCCAGCCGAGUGGGGGGACGAAGAUGGAGAUGAUGAAAUCUACUUCUUCUUUACGGAGACUUCCCGAGCAUUCGACUCAUAUGAGCACAUUAAGGUUCCUCGGGUGGCCCGUGUGUGCGCGGGGGAUCUUGGGGGCCGUAAGACCCUCCAGCAGAGGUGGACAACAUUCCUGAAGGCCGACCUGCUGUGUCCAGGGCCUGAGCAUGGCCGGGCCUCCAGUGUCCUGCAGGACAUGGCCAUUCUUCGACCCAAGACUGGAGUGGGGACCCCCAUCUUUUAUGGCAUCUUUUCCUCCCAGUGGGAGGGGGCCGCCAUCUCUGCUGUCUGUGCCUUCCGACCACAAGACGUUCGGUCAGUGCUGGAUGGUCCCUUCAGAGAGCUGAAACAUGACUGCAACAGGGGACUGCCCGUCAUGGACAAUGAUGUACCCCAGCCCAGACCGGGAGAGUGUGUCACCAACAACAUGAAGCUGCAGCAGUUUGACUCAUCUCUCUCCCUGCCUGACCGAGUGCUCACCUUUAUCCGGGACCACCCCCUCAUGGACAGGCCAGUGUCCCCAGCUGAUGGCCACCCCCUGCUUGUCACUACGGACACAGUCUAUCUCAGAGUCGUGGCCCACAGGGUGGCCAGCCUCUCAGGGAAAGAGUAUGAUGUGCUCUACCUGGGGACAGAGGAUGGACACCUCCACCGAGCUGUGCAGAUUGGAGCCAAGCUCAGCGUACUUGAGGAUCUUGCCUUAUUCCCAGAGCCACAGCCAGUUGAGAAUAUGAAAUUGUAUCAGAGCUGGCUCCUAGUUGGCUCCAGCACUGAGGUGACACAAGUGAACACCUCUGACUGUGGCCGUCUCCAGAGCUGCUCAGAGUGCAUCCUGGCCCAAGACCCUGUCUGUGCCUGGAGCUUCUGGCUAGAUGCGUGUGUGGCUCAUGCCGAAGAGCAUGGAGGGCUGGUCCAAGACAUAGAGUCAGCAGAUGUCGCUUCUCUGUGUCCUAAAGAGCCUGGAGAACACCCAGUUGUGUUUGAAGUUCCCGUGGCUACAGCUGCGCAUGUGGUCUUGCCAUGUUCCCCAAGCUCAGCCUGGGCAUCCUGUGUGUGGCACCAGCCCAGUGGAGUGACUGCUCUUACCUCCCGGCGGGAUGGGCUAGAGGUGGUAGUAACCCCAGGGGCCAUGGGUGCUUAUGCUUGUGAAUGUCAGGAGGGUGGGGCAGCCCGUGUGGUAGCUGCUUACAGCUUGGUAUGGGGCAGCCCUCGGCCCCCCCCAAGCCGGGCCCACACAGUGGGGGCUGGACUGGCCGGCUUCUUCCUGGGAGUUCUUGCAGCAUCCCUGACUCUCCUCCUGAUUGGUCGACAUCAGCAGCGACGGCGACAGAGAGAACUUCUGGCUAGAGACAAGGUGGGCUUAGACCUGGGGGCACCGCCAUCUGGGACCACAAGCUACAGCCAGGAUCCUCCCUCUCCCUCUCCUGAAGAUGAGCGGCUGCCCCUGGCCCUAGGCAAGAGGAGCAGUGGCUUUGGUGGCUUCCCUCCACCCUUCCUGCUUGAUCCUUGCCCGAGCCCAGCCCACAUUCGGUUAACUGGGGCUCCUCUGGCAACAUGUGAUGAAACCUCCAUUUAGGGCUGGGCAAGUGACCACUAGUGCAUGAGUGACUAAUGCAUCAGUGGUUAUUCCACACCUUAGUGGAAUGACCCCUGGGAUGCUGGGGUCACCGGGCCUGGAAGACAGUCAUGGCCUCUGAGUUCUGUUUGGCCUUUGAGUGAUCACUUGACUUCAGUGCCUGCCCUCUCUGGGCCUGGAUGGGCUUGGGGCCAGCCCUUUGAGUCCUGACUCCUGGUUCCCAUGAGAGAUAAGAACUUCUUUCUGCAGUGAAUCAGGACAUUUGCCACCCAUGCCCUCUGAGCCCUUGUGACCCCCUUCAGCCCUGGCCCACUAAUUUGGGCCUGUAAGUUUGGAGAGGGACAUAAGACAUAGCUAUGACUUUGCCUUCUGGUUGGACCCUGGCCAGAAGGAGGAGCUGUGGAGGUGUUGGGGGUACAUGUGCACUGAGUCCUUGGGUGGUUUUGCCGAUUCUCCCAGUUAAUCUAGUUCUCUGUGGGGAGUGCAUGAUCCCUGCAUCACAACAUGAUUCUCUGUCCUGAGAUCUGCCUCCAUCCCAGUUUUCCUUCUUUCACAAAAGAGUACGUGUAUAUAUGAGUGUUCAUAGGGCCUGGCCAAAUGUGCAUGGAUGACUAGGCCACUGCUCAGGUUUAUUCAGAGGGGGAAGAAAGGGGAAGGCUGGGAGGGGGGCACUGCCUGCAGAGCUUUAGACCCUCUAGCCAGUGACAGAAGGGCUUUCCUUUCUAAAAGAAAAUAAAGCACUGCCUGCACCCCCACGCCCCCAUCACUUCUCACCCUGCUCUUGAGUUGAGAAUACCUCCCAAAGUGACCUUCUGGGUGGAAGGACAGUGGCACAUGUGACCCCACCUUUCUGUUUGUUUUUGCCCCCUGGCUGCCACCAGGGCCGUGCACAGCUGCCCUUUCUCUGUCUGCAGUAUAGGCUGGACUCCCUUUCCUUGGCUCUCAUUAAAAAUAAUUUUCACAACCUUCUAAAUAGUAGGGAACAACAAAAGGGGAACAGUCCUGGGAAAUACAAGCAUACAAACAGUUUAAAGAUAGGUUUGUAUCUGUGACUUGACUCAGGUUGACACCCUUGCCCUAAAGCAGCUCUCCAGUGGGGUCCACGGACUCCCUGAAACCGUAUGCAAAAUGUUGUCUGUAUGUGCGUGUCUAUGUUUUUCUGGGAGGAGGUUAUAUGACUCUCAUCAGAUUCUCAAGGCCUUAACAAAGUUAAAGGACCACUGCCCCAAGGUCACCACACUGCUGGCCAAGCUGAGAUGGGGCCACUCAGCAGCAGCUCCCCCUGCCCCACCCCACCUGCCCUGUGGCCACCCCUGGACUUGCAGCUGCUGGACGCAUCUCAUUUCUCCAGUCCCUGGAAGCUGGGCUCUGUGCAUAUCUGAAGACACUAUCAACUCCCACCAAACGUAAAGACUUCUUCCUGCUUCACAACUCACAGAUGCUUUAGGCUUCUCUUGCUCAGUUCUGGUCUUGGCCUGUGAAUGUGCCUCAGUCAUCCCUGGUGAGGGAUCCCCUCGCCCCACCUUGAGCUCCAGUGAAUGACCCAGCCCCUCCCAGCUGAAGUUUUCAGCUCUACUUUCCUUGGCAGCAGCCUGUGAACUACCCAAAAGAGUCCCCUUGGGUUUGGAAUUAUCAGUGGCUGUGCCCUAAUAAGUGCAUGAUCUUCAGCAAGUAAUCUAACCUAGGGACAUUGGUUUACUCAUCUGUAAAGUGGGGAUAAUAAUACUACCUCAGGGUUGCUGCCAGGACUAAAUGAGAGAACGUGUAACAAUAAAGCACUGUCUGUACCAGAAGAGGUGGUGGUUGUGUAAAAAUUGGACAUUAGGCCGUGAUGCUAUAGCUUAUCCAAGUGAUAACCAUGACACACGCAGUCACUUUAAGCCCCAUUUGGUGGAAGGAGGGUCAUUGCCUCAUGCAGGCAUUCUGUCUUGGGCCAUCUCUGGCAUAUCUCAGCUGCCAGUGUCUAAGGCCUAUGGGAGACAGGGCCUGUGGGCUUUUUUUUUUUUUUUAAUAGCCCUCAGAUAUGUCUGACCUUAGUGACCUUAUUAGUAAUGACUUAUUUCCACAUGGGAACAUUCCAAAGUAAUGACUUCGUCCCACAUGGGAACAAAGGAAGGCUGGUGUUCUUGGGUUUAUCCUCACUUCCCUCUGCUCUCUCAAGGUUAUGGGUUAGUUCAUUUGUGGGGAGCAAAAGAGAUGGGCAGAUGUCAAAGGGGGCUGGGGUCUCUGCGAGGAGAGGAGGAGGAGAAUUUUGCAAGGAGGAGAGGGAUCUGAACAUGGUGGAUUUGGGCAUUUGGUUUUUGAACAGUGGCCGUGGUCGGAGGAAAAUGGAAUGAGCAAUGUAGGAAAAAUGAGGAAGGAUGGAAAUGGGCAUGAAGGGAGGACAACCACCACUUGGUUGGAAAGUUCAAGCCCCGAGAGUGAGUGAGAGCUCAGGAAUGUGAAGCCAAUUUUUAGAGAAAUAGUGUGAGCAACUGAUUGCAUUAUCUUUGGGCUGGGGAGGGCGUGUGGGAAGGGAGAGAAUCUGUGGGUGAGGGAGCUGAAGGAGCGUGCAGGGUUCCUGCAGGGACAGUUGUGAGGAUCCUGGCAGCCAGGGGCCUGCCUGGCUCUCCACAUUAAAGCAGCAGGGAGAGGGGUGGGGAUGGGGCUUGUGCUUGUGUUACCUGCGUCUCCAAAGACUGCUCACUUUGUGGCCUUCCCUCCUAAAUUCCCCUCUGUUUUUGGCUCUGGUCCCUGGUUCCCAAACUGUAACUCUCAGCUUGUCACUCCCAACCAGUGGUCUACUGCUAUCUGUGUGACCUUACUGAAAGUAGAGCCAGAAAGUGAUGCUCACUGUUGGCCCUCAUGAGCCAAGCGAGCUCUAGCACAGCACUGGCUCCAACCCAACAGGAGGCUGACUCACAUCCUUUUGCUGGAGAUGCCCAGCUCCCUGGCUUUCUCCAGCAGCCCACGAGUGUGCUGGUGGCCUCAGUGGUGGCAGGAAAGUGUCCUUUUGAUAUCUGCUGGGCCCUGACAGCCCAGCUACUCUGCUCCUGUCGGAGGGGGGCAGUCAUGGUUACAAUAGACUGUACACAGGUCCUGCCUGUCUCAAGUGUGUGGGGGUGGGACUUGCCUUUUUUUUGGUUGUAGCAGAGGUGAGGUUGGAAUUUUUAAAGAUUGUUUUCACCAACUAGAGGAAGAGCUAGCAAUGGAAGUACAAGAAAUCUGGCCCCGGCUGGUGUAGCUCAAUGGAUUGAGCACGGGCCUGCGAACCAAAGGGUCACUGGUUCAAUUCUCAGUCGGGGCACAUGCCUGGGUUUCAGGCCAGGUCCCUGGUAGGGGGUACACGAGAGGCAACCAUACAUUGAUGUUCUUCCCUUCUCCUCUCUCUAAAAAUAAAAGAAAUAAAAUCUUAAAAAAAAAGUACAGGAAAUCUUUCUGCAGUUUUUAAGUUCUCCCUGGUGGGCCCCAGGAUGUGGCAUUUUGUGUGACCAGUAGACAGCAGGUGUGGUUCCAGAGAUGUGGACUGAUGUAAAACACCAGGUCCUGGUUAAGGUGGGGAAGGGCAAGUGACAGAGAAGGAUCUAGCUUCCUGAGGAUGUUAGACGGGGUCAGGGGUGGUUGGAAGAGCCAAGAUAAGGGGUCAAUUUCAGAGGGCUGCUCCAGGCCCUGUGGAGAAAUAAGAGCAAGCCAGGAAUUCUUUUUUUCCUUGGUUCCCAGUCUGAGGGACUGGGGUUUCCCACAGAUACACUGGGACUGGGGUUUGGGGCUACAGAUGAAUCGUGGACCUGCCCCCUGCUGGGUGUGACACUCCUCAUUCAUGUCAGAGUUGGCACUCUGAGACUUGGCCGUGCUGGACCGCAAGCUGAGGGCUUUCAUCCCCUGUAGCUGCAAUGAUGGUUGGGGCAGGAGAAGUCAGCAACUGAUGCUGGAUCCAAAGACCAGCAUCUCACCCUCAGGUUUGAGAGUAAGUCCUUUGAAUAGAGGAGGCUGGCAAUAAAUUCCUUCCAGGGCAGAGGUUCACUGCGGGUACUCUCCGAGGGUUAAGUGUUGAGGAAGCUGGUUUGAUUUCUGUGGUCAGAGGCUGAGGCAGAGACCUCUCAGGGAAAGCGCAGGCCUCAGGCCUUCACAGGCAUACACGGUAUCUGUCAAGUAAGGGGUUCUCAUUAGCCUCAGAUGGAGUUACCGGAUUAUCCCCCGAAAGCCCAAGAAUGCAAAGACUCAGCACGUGUUUUUAAUACUCUCCUUUCAAGACACACUUAAUCACUAUGAUAGGUAAAUUCCUGUUUCUUCUUCUAUAAAAAGUGAGGAGGCAGAAGUGGCCCUUCCCUGAGGUGAGAGUGAGGAUGGCUGUUUUGGUCUUCAAGUGACACAGACCUGUGCCCUGCUCCCAUGCUGCUUCUCCCAAAGUGACACUAGCUCUGGUGGGAUGGAGGGGAGGGAGGGGAUGGAGGCUGGCCACAGUCAUGGCCUUGAGGAUGAGGAUGAGGUGGCCCAUACUUUGAUGUGGAAGGAUAGAGUUGCCUACCCUUUGGCUGAGUGAGCACAGAUAAUGAGCUUCUCAGUGCCAGUCAAAGGAACCAGACUCUCUUGCGCUUUGCUGGGAGCCACAUAAGUCUCAUGAAUUCAUGUUCAAGUUUAGGGAGAAAGAUGCCUCCUUCCAAUAUGUCUGAGAUAAAAAUAUUUUCCUUUUGAAGUGUCCAGGAGCUCUGGAACAGGUGAAAUUGAUUUACAAAAAUAAAGUAAUGCAUUUUUUUUGUCCCUAUGAGUUUGUGGAGAAACAUUCAUGCCCACCUUAACU